AUGGGCGGCAGAUUUUGCCCUGCCAAGGCGUUGCGAUCCGUCCGAGCGAUAUGCUCGGCGAACGCUGCUGCCAGUAUCCGGCAGAAUGCUCAUAUCAGUUCUUAUCUACCAUUUACACCCCUAAAUGCUGCUGGGUGUGCGAGACGAUGUUGGUCGAGCGGCCGCGAAGCUUCAUCGGCUGCCGACUCCUGUGCCCAGGUCGACACAGCGAGGGACAAGGUCGUCAGUAUUGGACACCGCUUUGUGAAGGACAGCACGCCAGAGAAGCUACUGGAGCUCACAUCCACUUACUGGAGGAAGCUGCGCUACUUCAAGCCGCUGCUGCUCACUUGCAACGUCGACAAGGCGAUAGAAUGCCGCGUCGCUGAUGCUGUUCUGGCGUCUGGGGCCGUCUUUCAGUCUGCCGCCGACAUACCACAACUAUCGGAGCUCAUGGCGCAGCGAAAGGAUUCACAUGGGUUCGUUGGCUGUUACAUAAACGUCGACUCGGCGGACUCGCUUCUGGAAUCACGCAAAGAAAUAUAUGAAACGCUGGAUAGCGGAUGCAACGCCAUAAUGGUGGACCUCAACCUGCGCAAUGCCAUUCCGGCACAGGACCUAGUGCGCAUCGACGAAAUGCUAUUCGCUAUUAAACCGCACAUCAUACGCUUUGUGGGCAACACUGCGUAUUUUGCCGCCGCAGUGGCAUCCGACAACGAGGCAGGAUACUCGGCAGGUGGCGAUAAGGAAGGCCAGCCUGACUCUGAUAUCGCCAGACUCAAUCGCUGCAAGGUUAUAUCGGAGCGAUACAACGCAGUUGUGAUUGACAACGACUUGCAUGCCGUAGUGAUGAACGCAUCCGACCACGAGGGGGCUGUGUUCUCGAGGUCACCAGAUAUACUGAAAAAAGUGCACGGUGGGUUUCGGAAGUAUGCUCCGUUUUACUUGGUGCAAGGUUUUGAGGUCAGCGCCGGAGGGAUCAUCGCCACCAUGAUUGCGGUGUCGUCGAGUAAGCCGAUGUUCGCCGCUAUCGCCGCCAUUGUUGGCAUACAUUAUAGCGCGAUUAAGUGCGUGGACAUGUGCAACGGACCUGGGUCACUGGGCGUCACAUUCGUUGACAUGAUGCACCGCAUAUCGACUUCACCCGAUAGCCUCCUACAACACGACGCGCCUAUACAAUUUUUCAAACUGGUCGAUUUGGCAUCGCAGGAUGACUGA